AUGGCGUCAGUUUCGGAGCUGUACGAUGUGGGAUGGGAAGAAAUGAGAGACAAGUUGCGAAAGUGGAGAGAAGAUAACAGCAGGAAUAGUGAACAAAUUGUUGAUGUCGGUGAAGAACUCAUCUCUGAUCAUUCAUCUAAACUAGGAGAUGACAUUUGGAUCAUAUAUGAACAGGUGAUGAUUGCUGCAUUGGACUGUAGUCGGGAUGACUUGGCUUUGACAUGUCUCCAGGAACUUAGGAAGCAAUUUCCUGAUAGCCACAGAGUGAAGCGAUUGACUGGCAUGAGGCUGGAGGCUUUGGAAAGGUAUGAUGAUGCCAACAAGCACUAUGAUGCCAUCCUGCAAGAAGAUCCUACAAAUACGGCUGCAAGGAAGCGUAAGAUCUCCAUUCUGAAAGCUCAGGGAAAAUCAACUGAAGCCAUCAGGGAGCUCAAUGAGUAUCUGGAACAAUUCGUUGGAGACCAGGAAGCCUGGCAUGAAUUGUCUGAACUCUACAUCAACGAACAUGACUAUGGCAAAGCAGCAUUUUGUCUUGAAGAACUCAUGAUGACUAACCCUCACAAUCACCUGUACUGUGAACAGUAUGCAGAGGUGAAGUAUACUCAAGGGGGUCUAGAAAAUCUGGAACUUAGCAGAAAGUAUUUUGCCCAGGCGCUGCGACUCAACAACCGAAACAUGAGGGCACUGUUUGGUCUGUACAUGUCUGCAAGUCACAUUGCUGCUAGUCCAAAAGUUAGUGCAAAGAUGAAGAAGGACAACAUGAAGUAUGCUACUUGGGCAGCAGCACAAAUUAAUAGAGCUUAUAAGAAUCGUCCUAUAAAUCUCACUAUCAACGUGUGA